AUGUCAGUGUGUUACACCGGUGAAACUAUAAUCGUGGUGUCCCUCUCGCGGUUCAAGCGAAGGCAUAUAAGGUGGGAUGUUGCCGCCACUGCUUCAUCAGUUCCAAAUAAACGCGAGAAGUUUAAGGUCGGCCGCCAUUAUGAAGAUCCUCGUGAUACACAUUCCUCUCAUAAUUGCUCUCUGCUGCUCUCUGCCCGACGUCUCCGGGAAGCCUUUGACCGUCGACGACGACGAGGACGAGGAUGCGCACGAAUACGAGUCGACCGCCGCCGCCGCCACCACCACCGCCGUUUCCCAACUGGACGACACCGUGAAAUUGGAGGACACCGUUCUGAAGGAGAUCGAUGCGAAGGCUGGGGAUCGGGUGCGCGACAAAAUGCCGAUUUUGCCGCCUAUAAUUCUGCUCGACUUCGCCAACGACACGAACGAGAACGAGAACAUCACCCACGAGGAAAAGUCGAAACGAACGGUGGACAAUGGUCUCGGUUACGGGCUCAACAACAUCCAGACGAGAAGAUACAAUUACUAUUUCCCAACCGGGAAGAGUGGGACCACGGUGAGCAUCGAGGAAUCGAUCAGCCCUUUCCUCCCGAAGACCAUAAUCGAGAGGGUGCCCGACAAUCACAACCCGCAGAAAACGUCCAUCAACGUGGUCCACCACAACUCUUUCGCCAUGUCCACCUCUUUCUCCGAGAUAAACUCUCAAAAUGAAAGGAACCAGCACAACUUCGACUACCUGAAUCUUCAUCGAUCGACCAAGCCCCAAUCCCUAAUGUUCGGAUUACGCACGAAGCCUCAAAAUACCGCCACCAACGAGAACUAUCGACAAACCUACUUCACAACUUCGAAACCGGGUGUUCUGAGCUCGUUGGAAAUUCAAAAUUCGGGAUAUACGAGGGACAAUGGAGGGACGAUCACCACGACGCAAUCACCGGCGCGAUACGUGACUCCUAGCCAGAUAAACUUCGCCAGGAAUCAGCAGAGGGGUUCGUUGAGCUACGUCACCCCAGAUCCCCUAUUAUUCCGUAACGGGGAAACUUACAUCGGUCGGAAUCACGUUCAAUCCAAUAUCAAUUCUCACUCGGGCUUCGCUCCCGCCCCUCAAAGUCCCAUCGUGGACUCCUCCACCAUCUCCCCCCUGACCUACAAUCCCCAUACAAUCCCCUCUCCAUUCCCCCCCGGCAGCCAGCAGCGAGAUAGGAACGCCAUCCCCAAAUACACGGUGGAAAAUGGGGUGCGUUACGAGAACAAAGUAUUCUGGAAAUACCCGGACGGCAGGGUGUCGGACGUGCCGCCGCCCACCUACGUGGAGACAACUUACCCUCGAGAAUAUCCCCGCGAGUCGUUGACGGCGCGGCAAUCCGGAAAAUCCCAGGAUUCCCGUUCGAUUUACGAGAGCGAGAUGGGAGUGGCGACGCCCGAAAACAGCAUUCUCUCGCAGAGGCCGAUGCAAUUCCCCGCGAUAUCCGAGGAGGCAGGCAGAGAGCCAAACCCGUACAUCUCAGCCGAAUCUUUGUCGACGAGUUUGCCCCAGCAACAAGUGUACCGGUUGAGUUAUCAGAACCUGGUGAGCCAAAGGCAGAUCGCGGGCCUGGCUCAACGGCACAAGGCCAACGCACCACCUUCGUCCCACUCCUCCCCGUUGGCCAAGGUCGGGCCCAAGUCCGACACGAAGAAUUACCGGCAAAAUUUGUCGAGGUACAUGGUGGACAGCCCCAACCCCGAAUACACGGGCAGUUACACGACCGAGGCCAGCGUCAACGCCACUACGCCUUUCUUCUCGUCGUCCAACUCUAUCGCCUCCGUAACGUCCAAGUACGGCCCCAAGGUGCAGAGUUACCUGGACAAGGUGUUGUCGGGCAGCGAGGAAUCAACGGGGGAGAAGAAAAGUUUCGACAACAACGAUUUGAGCAGCUACUCCAAUCUGGAAUAUUCGGAUCUGUUGAAUUACAACCCGUCCAUAUCGGAGUAUAUAAGGAAUCCUUCGUCGAUAUUGAACGUCAGACCGACUUUCGUGCAGGCCGGCAACUCUUUGAUACCGGUCAUCAUACUCAGAGUGGAUGGGGCAUCUCCCAUUCAAACCAAGUCCACGCAGAACAUUAAUCUGAAGGCUCUGUUGCAACGAUACCUGGUCCAGUACGCUAAGAGCAUUCAGCAAUUGGCCGUACCUUCCGCCUACAAUGUUGGAACGACGGAACGAUCGUUCCCCAAGCGUCCCGCGUACGGGAUUGAGAAAAAUCCUAGCCUCGAUCUGAUUCGAUUGACCGAGGACGACGCUCGCCACUCGUCAACUUACAAUUCGAAUUCGUACGUGGGGAAAUCGAGCUACGAGACGAGUAACUUGGAAGAUUCGAAAGAUUUUGCCAACAAUCGUUACGUGGACGAUUCACGGGGCAGGCAGAAGGUGAAGAACGUUCAGAUAAUUGACGAUCCGAGAUUCACGAGUUACAAAACUAAUUGAAAAAAAUUUGAAAAGUUUGGAUGCAAAGAGAUGUAAAAUCUAGAUGUACCUGAGAGUGACGUAUCUAUUAUUUUGUAAGGAGCCUUGCGUUGUUGAAAUUGAGAAGAACGAGAUGUAAUUGAUAUAUAUAUAUAUACAUAUCGUUUAAGGAUAGUAUUUAUGAUUAUUUCGGGAUUGUGCAAUAAUAAAGUUGGACCUUCGAAAUUUCGAAGAUAUGGCACGUCGUUGCUGCUGAUUGACCAAAUUUUUCACUUCAAUAAGGUACCUUAUAAACUUAGUCAUUAAGGAUCUGGUACUAAACGAUUUACGCUUUUGUAUACAUUCCUAUCUUUUUAAUUGAAUAAACGUUUUCAUCGAGGCAAA